ACUCAGAUUCUUCUUCAGAAAGAAGUAUAUGGUCUGAAAAAUCCACUUACCCUGAUGAGCUAUGUAACUCCAGUGAUGGCAGUGGCAACUGCUAUGCUCUCUCUGAUAAUGGAUCCUUGGGAUGAAUUCAGAACAAGCAAUUACUUCAAUAGUUCAUGGCAUAUCACUCGGAGUUGCCUUCUCAUGUUUCUUGGUGGAACUCUCGCCUUUUUUAUGGUAUUGACAAAAUACAUUCUUGUUUCAGUAACUAGUGCAGUAACUGUGACAAUAGCAGGAGUUGUCAAGGAGGCUGUCACCAUCUUGGUUGCUGUCUUUUACUUCCAUGAUCAGUUUACUUGGUUGAAAGGGGCUGGCCUUAUUACAAUCCUGUUUGGCGUGAGCUUAUUCAAUUGGUACAAAUACCAAAAGCUACAAAAGGGUGAAAUAGGUGAAGAGAAUGUGGCAAGGUCAUCGACAACCAAUCCAGCUGCAAAAUAUGUUAUUCUUGAGGAGAUGGAUGAUCAAGAUGAUGGCCACCAAUCUCUCUCUCUCUCUCUGCACCUGGGCUCUCUUCUCGGUGGUGCAUGAAAACAAACAAGGCAGCAUGUUUGGUUUUUCAGAGAGAAACACACGGCCCACAUGACAUGCAUUUAAUCUCUCUCUCAUCUUUCCACUUUCAAACCCACUAUCCUUUUUUUAAUCAACUCACUCCCUCACUUUCUUUAAACCCCUCUUUUCCUCACAUGGGCUUGUCCCCUCUCUCUCCUCCGUUU